UGAAGAUAUAAAGCUACUAAGGUCUUGUUCUAGACAUGCGGUGCCCUGCAGUCUGUGCCCCCUCCCAUGGCAAUGCCUGGGCGGCUCCUCUUACUUCCUCACACCUCUUGUAAGUAGCUGCGCUUAAAACAAGAAUUGAAGAACUUAGCCCCAGAGCAAAUAACGGGAGGAAGGAAGAAAGGAGACGGCCAGUGUAGCAGAGCUGAGACAGUAAGUGAAGGAACCAUACUAAGGAAGGAGGAAAAGGGAAGUUCAAACCCCACACAGGUAUUUGAAAGUUCUGAGAGACUGUGCCAGCUCCCCUGCCCUGCUCAGGGGUCUGGGAGAGUGAAGGAUGUGGUGGGAUGAGAACCUUCUCGCCCUCUUCAGGAGGAACCUGCAACCCACCAUCACUUAUUGGAGCGUUUUCUUCAGCUUUGGACUAUGCAUUGCGUUUUUGGGACCCACACUGUUGGAUCUAAGGUGCCAGACUCACAGCAGCCUGCAGGACAUUACAUGGGUCUUCUUCUCUCAGCAGUUCUGUCUCCUUGUUGGCAGCACUGUAGGAGGAUCCUUCAAGAAGUCAUUGAACCUGUGUUUGCUCAUUUUGUUGAUAUCUUCACUGACCAUCUCACUGGUAUUCGCCAUCAUUCCAUUUUGCCAACAUGUUGGCGUCCUUGCAAUGGUCAUGGCAGUAGCUGGUCUGGCCAUGGGCAACAUUGAUACAAUCUCUAACAUGCAGCUUGUGAAAAUCUAUCAGCAGGACUCCGCGGUUUUCUUACAGGUACUUCACUUCUUUGUUGGUUUUGGAGCUCUGUUGAGUCCAUUAAUAGCGGAUCCAUUCCUUUCUGACACCAACUGUAUCCAGUCAAAUACCACCUUGAAUGGAAGCAGUAACCUUGAGCACAUAAGGAACUCAAUUGUCCCACAUCACCCAGGCAAUGUGUCUCACUAUGUCCUUCCUCUUUCUGGCCCAGUAGUGUCAAAUGUGUCUUAUGCCUUUUGGAUUAUGGCUGCCAUCAAUCUUCCUGUGCCUAUUGCUGUAUUCCUGUUAAUGUACCAGAAAGGCAUAGUGCCUGGUUGUCAUCGCAGGCGGGGGUCUUUACUGUCUGCUGAUGAAUUAGCAAUGGAGACUCAGAAGGAAAUAAAUGAAGAGAAGAAUCCAGAAAUACAAAAAGGAUAUAGGCAUGAGGAAGGUCAUGGAGUUCACUUGCUUUGCUGCCAAAAUAAAAAGUUAUUGAACGCCCCGUAUACAUUUUUUGCCAUUCAUGUGUGUUCGGCAAUGGUCCUGUUCAUGACAGAUGGAAUAGUGGGUGAAUACUCUGGCUUUAUCUACAGUUACGCUGUGGAAGAACCACUGUUGUUGGCUCAUAGGACAGCAGGAUAUCUGCCUAGCCUCUUUUGGGCAUGUAUUACCCUGGGAAGGCUCAUUUCCAUACCUGUGUCCUACAAAGUACUUCCACGUUCCAUGCUCUUUAUUAACCUUGUUGGCAUGUCGGGCACGUUCCUGUUCCUGCUGCUGUCACAGAACAGUAUACCCGGUCUUUUUAUUGGUACAGCUUUUCUUGGGCUGUUCCUCAGCAGUGUUUUCCCCAGCAUGUUGGCUUACACCGAAGAUUUGAUGAACUACAAAGGAUGCGCUACAACAGUUCUUGUCACUGCUGCUGGGACGGGUGAGAUGCUUCUUCAGAUUCUAGUAGGAUCGGUUAUCCAGACACAGGGCAGCUACAGUUUCUUGGUUUGUGGCGUCAGCCUUUCUAUACUGGCUUUGUCACUGUUCGUGGUGCUGUGGUACUGGACAGUUUGCAUCCCAGAGGCUUAGAAGGUUCUGCAGGUAAAACUCCAGAACUUGGCAGUGAUCCAGAGCGGUAUCAGCAGUAGCAACACUUCCAAACGCCUUCCGUUAUUUUUUGGGAAUUCAUCUUCAUCUUAGAGUGCUGCAAAAACCGAAGUGCCAUGUAAUAAAAAGCGAGAUAAAAUGAAUAAAGAAUAAAGCAUGCUGUGCUAA